ACACUACAAAAACUUGUUUUCUCUUCUUUUUCUUCUUUCUCCUCCGGCGUUUCUUCACUUCUCCCUGCAUAUCUUUUCUGCGUUUGUUCUCUGCGAUUCUCGUUACUGUCAUAAUAGAACCCUCUGUGGAGAAGUCUUGGAUCCGCGGCUAAAUGGAUGAAUCCAAAGGAGAAACGAAGUCUUUCAAAGAAUUAGGAGUUUGUGAUCAAUUGAUUGAGGCUUGUGAUAAUUUGGGUUGGAAAAACCCUUCUAAGAUACAAGCUGAAGCUAUGCCUCAUGCCUUUGAAGGCAAAGACCUAAUUGGUCUGGCACAAACGGGGUCUGGAAAGACUGGAGCUUUUGCAAUUCCUAUACUGCAAUCAUUAUUAGAUUCUCCGCAUGCCUUUUUUGCCUGCGUUCUCUCUCCAACAAGAGAGCUCGCCAUUCAAAUUAUAGGGUCAAAUGAGAUUUGA